GAAAUCAUAUCUCACUUCCUUUUCCUUUAAAUUGCAGAAAAUUUGUGCUGCGUGUGCCAUUCUUCAUCUUAAGUUCACUGAUUAAGUUUUAUAUUUUUAAUUAAUCAAUUUCUCGUAUUCGUUUAACUCUAAUUUUCAAUCAUGGGUAAGGAAAAGACUCAUAUCAACAUUGUCGUUAUCGGUCACGUCGAUUCUGGUAAAUCAACCACGACCGGACAUUUAAUCUACAAAUGUGGUGGUAUCGAUAAGCGUACCAUUGAAAAAUUCGAGAAGGAAGCCGCUGAGAUGGGAAAAGGUUCCUUCAAGUAUGCCUGGGUAUUAGAUAAAUUAAAGGCUGAAAGAGAAAGAGGUAUCACUAUUGAUAUUACUUUAUGGAAAUUCGAAACACCCAAAUACUAUGUUACCGUUAUUGAUGCUCCUGGUCACAGAGAUUUCAUCAAAAACAUGAUUACUGGUACUUCUCAAGCUGAUUGUGCUGUAUUGAUUUGUGCUGCUGGUGUUGGUGAAUUCGAAGCUGGUAUCUCUAAGAACGGUCAAACUCGAGAACAUGCUUUGUUGGCAUACACCUUGGGUGUAAAACAAAUGAUUGUAGGUGUUAACAAAAUGGAUUCAGCUGAGCCAAAAUAUUCUCAAGCUCGUUAUGAAGAAAUUACCAAGGAAGUUAGCAGUUACAUUAAGAAGAUUGGUUAUAAUCCAGCAACUGUACCAUUUGUACCAAUUUCUGGAUGGCAUGGUGACAACAUGAUUGAACCAUCACCUAACAUGCCUUGGUAUAAGGGAUGGUCAAUUGAAAAGAAGGGAGCUAAAUUGGAAGGUAAAACAUUGUUACAAGCCUUAGAUGCUAUGGAUCCUCCAUCUCGACCAGUUGAUAAGGCACUUCGACUUCCACUCCAAGAUGUCUACAAAAUCGGUGGUAUUGGUACUGUACCCGUUGGUAGAGUUGAAACUGGUACCAUUAAGCCAGGUAUGAUUGUUACAUUUGCACCAGUUAACUUGACAACUGAAGUAAAAUCAGUUGAAAUGCACCACGAAUCAUUGACUGAAGCUGUACCCGGUGACAAUGUUGGUUUCAACGUUAAAAACGUAUCUGUUAAAGAAUUGAGACGUGGUUAUGUAGCUGGUGACAGCAAAAAUAAUCCACCUCAAGCUACUGAAGAGUUUGCUGCCCAGGUUAUUGUAUUGAACCAUCCUGGUCAAAUUUCAAAUGGUUACACACCAGUUUUGGACUGUCACACCGCUCACAUUGCUUGCAAAUUCAAGGAUAUCAAGGAAAAAAUUGAUCGUCGUAGCGGUAAAAAAUUAGAAGAUAAUCCAAAAUCAAUUAAAUCCGGUGAUGCUGCUAUUGUUGAUUUGGUUCCAAGUAAGCCAAUGUGUGUUGAAACUUUCACCGACUUCCCUCCUCUUGGACGUUUCGCUGUCCGUGAUAUGCGACAAACUGUUGCUGUUGGUGUCAUUAAAUCUGUUAAACCUAAAGAUUUGUCUGCUGGAAAAGUCACUAAAGCCGCUGAAAAGGCUGCCAAAAAGAAAUGACCUCACAUCAUUGAUUAAAUUUUUGUCGAAUUAAUAAAAUUAAUCAAACUUGUCUUCUCAUUUUAAAGCUAAUGUUACGAUAAAAAAAGAGCUUAACAGUUUUUUUAAUCGGAGUCUCACUAAGCCUAACUAAAUUUAAAAUUUUUACUCUCUGAUUAAACUAUUUUAGGCCAAAAA